CUUUGAAGCUACACGCGCUACAUAAGUCAUAGUCAACUUUUAGCCGCGGCAUUUGAAAUGCCAUCGUGGUGGGACUAUUUACACUUCAACCGGCAAUAUCAAAACAAAAGAAAUUUAGAGGAAGGUCUAUUUCAAAUAGCUUCGCAGACGUGUAAUAUAUUGGUGAAAGUAAAUAACACGAACAAUAUAAAUUUAACAAGAAACGAUAGGAGUGAUGAGUACGGUUGUGCGGGGCCUCCUAAGGGGAAAACUUCGAUGCAAAUUUGUGUUCCGAAGUUUAGAAAUAAUUCUUUAACUGCGGGCUGCAACCCUGGAUUGUCGACCGUUCUUGAAUCGGGAAGUGUGGGUAACGCGUCGUCAUCUGAUGAGGAGUUGGAGCAGUGGGAGCAAAUAUUCAUGAUGAGAGAUGAAAAUGGAAAUAGCUAUCAUGACAAGAGAAAGAAAAGAAGCAUAUGGUGUCGGCCGUCAUGUAUUCCUGUGUCAAUAGUUAUAUUAUUGAUUGUUCUUGUGGUUUUAGUGCCACUAUUAGAUCAGCCUAAUGUCGCCCAGGUACUGCCCACUUCUAGAGACUUACAUUGCUCAGAUGAGUGUAGGUUAUCUUUAGUAGAAAGUAUACCAGAGGGUCAUAUGUAUCCGCCUAAUUCAACACAUGCCAACACAAAAAAUGUCUGGCUAGAUUUGAUAGACGAUGCUCAAUCAUCUAUAGAAAUAGCGUCUUUGUAUUGGACUCUUAGGUUUAAUGAACAAUAUCCAUAUAAUUCCUCUAUUGAGGGAGAACAAGUUUUCCAGGCGUUACUAGCAGCUGGAUUAAAGAGAAAUAUAAAAUUAAGAAUUGCUCAAAACUGGCCUUCUAAGUCUUACCCUAAUAAAGACACUGAAUAUUUAGUUAAGAAAAAGGCAGCGCAGGUGCGAAGCCUUAACUUCUCAAAGUUGCUCGGAAGUGGCGUCCUUCACACGAAGUUCUGGAUCAUAGACAAGACACACUUCUACAUAGGCAGCGCUAAUAUGGAUUGGAGGUCGCUGACUCAAGUAAAGGAAUUAGGAAUCGUAGCGUACAAUUGUUCCUGUCUUGCCACUGAUCUAGUAAAGAUAUUUGAAGUUUACUGGACUCUGGGUAGCCCAGAUGCCGUGGUGCCUGACACGUGGCCUAAGGAACUGAGUACCGAGAUUAAUAUGGAGCAUCCGAUCAACAUUUCGAAUGACCAGAGCAACUACGGGGCGUUUAUAACGAGUUCCCCACCGCCUUUUAGUCCAUCUGGGCGGACUAAUGAUGACGACGCGAUUGUUAACAUUAUCCACUCGGCGGAGGAAUUCGUUUAUAUAUCUGUUAUGGACUACGCUCCGGCGUUUGAGUUUACGCCGCAACCUAAAUACUGGCCCAAAAUCGACGACGCAUUGCGAGCAGCGGCUUUAGAGCGUCACGUCCGCGUGCGCAUGUUGAUAAGCUGGUGGCGCCACUCAUCGCCCGCCGAAGAGCAUUAUUUACGCUCUCUCGCUGCGCUUAACCAGGCCUUGCCGCAUCUUGAUAUUCAAGUGCGUCGUUUCAUAGUGCCAUCUACUCCAGACCAAGACAAGAUUCCAUUCGCGCGAGUGAACCACAACAAAUAUAUGGUGACAGACAAAACAGCGUAUAUAGGAACGUCGAAUUGGUCAGCCGAUUAUUUCGUUGACACUGCGGGUGUGGCUUUUGUAUACAAACCGGAAAUGGAAAGUAAAGUUAGAAAUGUCAGCGACAUCCGGCGGGAUUUGCAGGAACUAUUUGAGAGGGAUUGGACGUCACCUUAUGCGGUGCCUCUGAGGAAUUUAUAGCGAUAAGAAAUGUAUUUUUUUUAAUUUGUGAGAGAAAUUUAAAUAGGUCUAAUUAAUCGUUCAUUCUACGGAAAGUGUGUACUGAUAAUAGUUUUUAUUAUGAAACGAUUUAAUAUUAGUAAUAAAAACCCAAAUAAAUUAAUCACCAAUAUAAUUUGCAUUAUACAAGUUCUGAAAUUUGGAGUAUUCCCUGAGUAGAUAACAUCUCGAUGACCGGCCUUUAUCUAAAAUUAACGGAUAACCAUUUUUGAGUCGUUGAAAAAAGUGUCAAUAAUAUACGUCAACCAAAACCAAUAAUGAGAAUAAAUAUUAUGAGCUAGAAUAUGACGGAAUGACGUCUCAGUAUGAAUUUUUUUUUAAGUAUUCAUACAUUCCAAAGAAACUUCACUACCGGAUGAUAAAGCGUUUAUCACGAUUUUUAUCACUCGUUAGCAUGGUCACAUCUAUGGCUAUGCCGCUAAUGAAAUGGGUCUUGUAAGUCGUUGUUACAUCAUGGUCAAUCCGAUAGCGUUGAUUUUUGAAUGUACAUGUAAACAAAACCUGCCAAUUUGAAUUCCGAAUGUAUUAUAAUAUUUAGAAAUGCGUUAUUAUAAUUAUGUUUAAAUUUUAAGCAUAUAUGAACUUUCUAGAAUGAAAUGAUUAUAAAUUAGAAUUUUAAUGAAACCGCUCAAUUUCCUGUUGCUUUAUAAUAAUGAGCAAUAAUUUGAUUAAAUAUUAAGAAUGUUGCGAAAAUUAUGUAAAUAAACUUAAGUAAGCGUGCCUUUCUUUUAGAAUUCUUGUAGUGUAGAUUUUUUAUCCCUUCUAUAGAAAUAAAUGAAUUUGUUUCAUGUUGGCGUUCAUGCGUUGGUUUAUAGGUUAAAUAUUGUGAUUAAAGAUAUGUAUGAGACGAAAUAUAUUGUACUUUCAAAACGGUACCAAAAAAAUAUAUUUUUCAAGGUCAAGACAAAGUUGAAUAUGGUUAUCCACAAAGUAUAGAAGAAAUCUGUUGGAUUAAGGUUAAAUAAAAUAUCAAAAAUAAA